GCGCACGUGACCAGGUUGCCGCCGCCGCCGCCGCCGCCGCCGCCGCCGUCUCCUGCCCGCGCCAUGACCCAGCCCGCGCCCCGGCUCUCCAUACCCGUCGCGCUGGCCCUGGGCUCGGCCGCGCUGGGCGCCGCCUUUGCCACCGGUCUCUUCCUGGGAAGACGGUGCCCUCCCUGGCGGUCCCGGCCAGAGAAGCGCCUGCUGCCCCCCGAGGACGAUCCGCUGUGGCAGUACCUGCUGAGCCGGUCCAUGCGGGAGCACCCGGCGCUGCGGAGCCUGCGGCUGCUGACCCUGGAGCAGCCGCAGGGGGAUUCCAUGAUGACCUGCGAGCAGGCACAGUUUCUAGCCAACCUGGCGCGGCUCAUCAAGGCCAAGAAGGCGUUGGACCUGGGCACUUUCACGGGCUAUUCGGCCCUGGCGCUGGCCCUGGCGCUACCCCCGGCCGGGCGCGUGGUGACCUGCGAGGUGGACGCGGGGCCCCCGGAGCUGGGGCGGCCCCUGUGGAGGCAGGCCGAGGAGGAACAGAAGAUAGACCUCAGGUUGAAGCCCGCUCUGGAGACCCUCGACGAACUCCUGGCUGCGGGUGAGGCCGGCACCUUCGACAUGGCCGUGGUGGACGCCGACAAGGAGAACUGCGCUGCCUACUACGAGCGGUGCUUGCAACUGCUGCGACCUGGAGGAGUUCUCGCCAUUCUCAGUGUUCUGUGGCACGGAAAGGUGUUGUGGCCUCAGCAAGGGGACGUGGCUGCCCAGUGCGUGCGACACCUGAACGAGCGCAUCCUGCGGGACGCCAGGGUCCACAUCAGCCUCCUGCCCCUGGGCGACGGCCUCACCUUGGCCUUCAAGAUCUAGGGUUCGCUCUCACUGAGUAACUCGAAGGGGACCUGGGGACCUGAGGACCUGAGCCAUGGACCCUGAGUUUUAAACCCGACAAUAAAGUGUUCUUUCCACUAA